AAAACACACACUCGAACACUUGUUCAACACAGAGUACAUUCUGUUCUGUCCCUCCACAGACACUGUGUGCAAAAUGGCGGCCAAAGCCCUGCACCUCCCCAAAUCAACCCCCCUCCUAAACCCACCUCCAAAACCCCUCAUAAACCCUAACCCUAAUCAUCUCCACUUCCCCAAAUCCCCAAUUUCACUCCCGCCCCUCAAAUCCGCCUCCAUUUCCCAAUUCGACCCGAUUCUCGCAACCUCACCAAGCACCCGUGUUCGUAUCCUCUCUGAAGCCCUCCCUUUCAUCCAGAAGUUUCGAAACAAAACGAUUGUGGUCAAGUACGGUGGGGCUGCCAUGAAAUCAGGUAAUCUCCAAGCUUCUGUUAUUGCUGAUCUUGUUCUUUUGUCCUGUGUUGGUAUGCGCAUUGUUUUUGUUCACGGGGGUGGCCCCGAAAUUAAUCUUUGGCUUGCGAAACUCGGGAUUAAGCCCAAUUUCUUGAAUGGCUUGAGGGUAACUGAUGCUUCCACUAUGGAAAUUGUGUCUAUGGUUUUAAUUGGCAAACUUAAUAAAAUGUUGGUUAGUUUGAUUAAUAAGGCCGGGGGGACUGCGGUGGGGUUAUCGGGGAUUGAUGGCAGGUUGUUGACUGCUUCGCCUGCGGUUAAUGCUGAGGAGUUGGGGUUUGUGGGGGAUAUUGCAGAGGUUGAUUCCAGUGUUAUUAGGCCUUUGAUUGAUAAUGGAUGUAUCCCGGUUAUUGCUUCUGUGGCGGCCGAUGGGAAUGGCCAAAUGUAUAAUAUUAAUGCGGAUACGGUGGCUGGCGAGCUGGCUGCAGCAUUGGGUGCGGAGAAGUUGAUUUUGUUGACUGAUGUUGUCGGGAUUUUGGAGGAUCGGAAUGAUUUAGGGAGUUUGGUUAAGGAGAUUGAUAUUAAGGGUGUGAAGAAGAUGAUGGAAGAGGGGAAGAUUGCGGGUGGGAUGAUUCCCAAGGUGAAUUGUUGUAUUAGGUCACUUGCGCAAGGGGUGAGAACUACGAGUAUUAUUGAUGGUGGGUUGGAACAUUCCUUGUUGCUUGAGAUUUUGACGGAUGAAGGUGCUGGUACUAUGAUCACUGGGUAAUAUUGUGUUUUGUAUAAUUAUUUUGUGCUUUUGGAGUUGCAAAGAUUUGAUCAUUGUUCUAUGGCUUUUUUUUAUUUUUUAAUUUAAAAUCAUCUAUCCAGUCCAUGUUCAGAAUGUACCAACUACCAAGACUGUUUCUCAGAUAUGUUAAAUAUAUCUGGUGUUUUCUGUAUAUAUGUUGUCGUAUAAUUUGUUCUGAACUUUAAACCGGAGGAAUUGAUAUGGUUAGUGCAAUAAUUGGAACAUCAUCUUCUCUGUA